UCUGUCCAAAUCCCAAAGCUCUCUCUUCUUCAACAUCUCUGUCUCAAGACUGAAGCAACAAAUUUGCACCCUUUCCUCAGUCCUCACUCUCCUCAGCAUUUUAACCACUGUUCUUGCUUCAAAAAGCAUUUUCUAGUCAAGCUUCUCAUUUAGUUCCCCAUCUUUUUGAACUGCCAUAACUGUCUUCUUGCAUAUGUUCUCUCAGUCUUUUGAUCACCACAUUAUGUUUGUGAUUGUUACCCUUUUUUCCUAGUUCUGAAAUUUGGAGUUCUUAAAGGUGUAGAAAAAAGAUGGGAGGAGGAGGAGCAGAAGAGGGAAUGGGAUGGUCACCAAAUGGUGCACCACUUUACAUACAAAAAGAUGAUCACUGGAGGCACUUUGAUAACUCAGUCAAUGCUGUGUCUUUUGGGUUUGUGGCCACUGCAAUUCUCAUCUCAAUGUUUCUAGUAAUGGCGAUCUUUGAGAGGUUCCUCAGACCAACAUCAGCAGCUUUGACACCGUCUGCUGGGCGCAGACAUCCUCAUGACAUCGAGUCCCAUAUUGGGUUUGCAGGAAAACUUUGUCAUCCAUCACCCAAAAUGCCUAUAAGUGCCAGAGAGGUGUCUGUUCUAAUGCCUGGAGAAGACAUGCCUACCUUUAUAGCGCACCCUGCUCCUGCGCCUUGUCCUCCUGAGCGAAUUCGAUGGCCUUCUCAUCAACAUCAUUCCUUUCCAAAGAGCGCCAUGGACCCAAAUGCAAGUACAUCCUCAGGCUCAAUGUGACAGCAACAAACUUCCAACCAAAAAAAAAAAAAAGGCUUCAAAGUUUCCAUCUUUACUAUCACUUUGCAAGCAACUGGUGCAGCAGUCACGUGCACGAGUAAAAACUGUUGGUGAAUAUAAAUCGUGCCUUUUUCCCUACAGGCUCUUCAAAUGUUGUAUAUAUCAUUUAGG